GCCGCUGGUGGGGGAGCCGCGGGGUUGGGGGGGCCGGAGGGCGCGCGCGGGGCCGGCGGCGAGCGGCAGCGCCCCCUCCCCGGCGGGCGGCGCGGACAUGGCCGCGGCGGUGGCGGUGGCGGCCGCGUCCCGGCGCCAGUCCUGCUACCUGUGUGACCUGCCCCGCAUGCCCUGGGCCAUGAUCUGGGACUUCACGGAGCCCGUGUGCCGCGGCUGCGUCAACUACGAGGGCGCCGACCGCGUCGAGUUCGUCAUCGAGACGGCGCGGCAGCUGAAGCGGGCGCACGGCUGCUUCCCCGAGGGCCGCUCCACGCCCGGCGCCGCCGCGGCCGCCAAGCCGCCGCCGCUCUCGGCCAAGGACCUGCUGCUGCAGCCGCCGCAGCUCGGCCCCGAGGCGGCCCGCGCCCCGCAGGCGCUGGAGCGCUACCCGCUGGCCGCCGAGCGCCCCCCGCGCCUCGGCCCCGACUUCGGCGGCGCCCGCUCGGCCGCGGGCCUGGCGCAGCCCCCGACGCCGCAGCCGCCGCCCGUGAACGGCAUCCUGGUGCCCAACGGCUUCUCCAAGCUGGAGGAGCCGCCCGAGCUGAACCGCCAGAGCCCGACCCCGCGCCGCGGCCACGCCGUGCCGCCCACGCUGGUGCCGCUCAUGAACGGCUCGGCCGCGCUGGGGCUCGGGGGCCGCGCCGCCGCCUCGCUGGUCGCCGUGUCGGGCCCCGCCGCCGGCCUGGGCUCCGCGCCGCCCGCCGAGCUGGGCGUGCACAAGCGGCCCGCGUCCGUGUCCGGCUGCGCGGUCACCGAGCACGAGCCGCGCGAGGCGGCGGCCGGCGCCAAGGAGAAGGCGCCGCCCGCGCACCGCGGCCCGGCCGACAGCCUGGCCCCCGCCGCCGGGUCCGCCGAGCUGGGCGCCGAGGCGGCGGGCAAGGGCCGCGCGCCCGGGGAGCAGGACUGGGUGGCCCGGCCCAAGACGGUGCGGGACACGCUGCUGGCGCUGCACCAGCACGGCCACGCGGGCGCCUUCGAGAGCAAGUUCAAGAAGGAGCCCUCGGCGCUGAGCGCGGGCCGGCUGCUGGGGUUCGAGGCCAACGGGGCCAACGGGUCCAAAGCAGUGGCAAGAACAGCAAGGAAAAGGAAGACUUCCCCAGAGCCGGAAGGAGAGGUCGGGCCCCCGAAGAUCAACGGGGAGGCCCAGCCGUGGCUGUCCACGUCCACGGAAGGGCUCAAGAUCCCCCUGAAUUCGACACCCUCGUUUGUGUCUCCGCCGCCGCCCACAGCCUCGCCCCAUUCCAACCGGACCACCACGCCGCCCGAAGCUGCCCAGAACGGCCAGUCCCCCAUGGCAGCCCUGAUCCUAGUAGCAGACAAUGCGGGGGGCAGCCAUGCCUCCAAAGAUGCCAACCCGGUGCACUCCACCACCCGGAGGAAUAGCAGCAGCCCACCCUCUCCGUCCUCUAUGAACCAAAGAAGGCUGGGCCCCAGGGAGGUGGGGGGCCAGGGGGCCGGCGGCACCGGAGGACUGGAGCCCGUGCACCCCGCCAGCCUCCCGGACUCCUCCCUGGCGGCCAGCGCCCCCCUGUGCUGCACCCUCUGCCACGAGCGCCUGGAGGACACCCACUUCGUGCAGUGCCCGUCGGUCCCUUCCCACAAGUUCUGCUUCCCUUGCUCCAGACAAAGCAUCAAGCAGCAGGGGGCCAGCGGGGAGGUCUACUGCCCCAGCGGGGAGAAGUGCCCCCUGGUGGGCUCCAACGUCCCCUGGGCCUUCAUGCAAGGGGAGAUCGCCACCAUCCUGGCCGGAGACGUGAAAGUGAAAAAAGAGAGGGACUCGUGACUUCCCGGUUUCGGAAAAACCCGAUGGCUAUCCUUAACGAAAACUGCUUGAACUGUAUAUAUAUAAUCUCCACAUAUAUAUAUUAUAUAUAUAUAUAUCCAAGACAAGGGAAAUGUAGACUUCAUAAACAUGGCUGUAUAAUUUUGAUGAUUUUUUUUUUGAAUACAUUGUGUUUCUAUAUAUAUAUUUUUUUUGACGACAAAAGGUAUGUACUUAUCAAGGCAUUUUUCUUCUUUUGUUAACGUUAUUAGCCUAUCUCUGUGCUUCAUUAUCUUGGUGACAGUGACCGGUUCCAUGUAGGCUGUGACUUGCGCUGCUUUUUUAGAGCACUUGGCACCCCCCCCCCCCCCGAACUGCUUCUAGCUGUAUUUGUAACGCACUUACUUUAAAAAGAAGAAAAAAAAAAAGCCAAAUACAUUUUCUGACGUUGUGAGAUUGCCUUACUGUCCGUUAUUCCUUGUGGCUGGUUCCUGUCACAGGCCGGAGGCCAACUGGUGGAGAAGGAAAGGAAGUGAGUUGGCAGGGGCACCCUUGUGAAGUGGGCACACCACUGGGCAACCUCACCAGGUUCACCCCCAAAACACUGUCGCCUGAAAGGAACAGGAAAAUAGAUUUUUGAGUCCGUCUUUGUUUUGUUUUUCAAGUUCAGUUGUUCGGACAUUGAGGACUGCCUGGGAGUUGCUGCUGAGAGAAUUUGGGGGACGGUGUGGUUUCGAGGGAGACUUUUUCUUGAUUUUUAAGGCAAAGUUGACCACUGCUCACUGCCCACGCAAUCAGUGGUAAGAUUCUCAUGCUGCAUGCUAGUCGGUUACAUAAGACACAGUCGGGUGACGGAGGGUGGUGACGGGGUGCAGAUGGCACUGCCACCUUUGAGCGGGGCCUGGUUCUGCCCCGAGCUCUGUUGUAAACACCCCGAGCUCUGUUGUUGCCAGCGCCUUGGCCUUUGGAAAGAGUUGCAAUAGGAAUUCCAGUCCCCGUGAACUUGGAGAUGGUGGGGUUGGUUUCGUUUCUGUUUCGUGUUGUGUUUUGUUUUUAUCAUUGACCUGUAGCGCUGUGGCUGUGGCUAGCGUCACCUACACCCUGUCUCUUGCAAGUGCUGAGUGCAGUCAUGGUACAGUGGCAGCCGCUGCACAGGGUGCUGGUUGCCAGGACUGCCAGGGGCCAUGUCAGUGACAGCCCAGCUGCGGGUGGAGGACACUCAUUUCCUCUUACCUAUGGAGUGAAUAAUAACAGUUCUUUGGGGGGGGGGGGGGG